UAGAUUAAGUGGCUUCCGCGACAGCAGGGACACGCGCCAAAUGGAGCACUAGAAUGGGUAGAAAGGUCAACACGAAAGAAAGAAGAUAGAGCAGCGACAAUUCUCAGAUGACGCCACUUUGCAGCCGACGUCGGGUAAACACGUGAACCUACGGUAGUCCUACCUCCUACCACUCCUUGCGACGCAAAUGUCCGCGGCGCUAAAAAUAUUCGCACGCCACUCGGUGGACAGCCUGCCGAAGGUGUGUAAAAAUCAGCUUGCAGUUGCCACAACCGCAUUACAUAGACAUUGUUGCACGUGGCUGGGUCAGGAAGUUUUGCAAAAGGAUGACCCCGAAGUGUGGGGCUUGGUUCAGGAGGAGAAGCAAAGGCAAGUGCGUGGACUGGAGCUGAUUGCAUCCGAGAAUUUUGCUAGUCGGUCAGUCCUGGAAGCGUUAGGAUCGUGCCUUAACAACAAAUAUUCAGAAGGAUAUCCUGGACAACGCUACUAUGGAGGCACAGAAGUGGUUGACAAGAUUGAGUUACUCUGCCAAGCCAGGGCACUGGAGGCCUUCGACUUGGACCCUGAGAAGUGGGGUGUGAAUGUACAGCCUUAUUCAGGGUCUCCUGCGAAUUUCGCUGCCUACACUGCAGUCCUCAAUCCUCAUGACAGACUGAUGGGCUUGGAUUUGCCAGAUGGCGGACACCUUACUCAUGGCUACAUGACUGACCAAAAGCGAAUCUCUGCGACAUCCAUCUACUUUGAAUCUAUGGGAUACAAGCUAAAUAAAGAAACGGGGCUUAUAGAUUAUGAAAAGCUUCACGAUGUUGCAAGGUUGUUCAGGCCGAGGCUCAUUAUUGCAGGCACAAGUGCCUACUCGAGGCUCCUGGACUACAAGAAAUUUCGAGAGGUGUGUGAUGACGUAAAGGCUAUACUGUUGGCAGACAUGGCCCAUAUUAGUGGCUUAGUGGCUGCAAAAGUUAUUCCAUCUCCGUUUGACUAUGCUGACAUUGUCACCACAACAACGCACAAGACACUGAGGGGUGCAAGGGCAGGACUAAUCUUUUACCGAAAGGGAGUUAAAGAAGUUGACAAGAAAGGAAAAGAGAUCAAGUAUGACCUCGACCAGAAGGUCAAUUUUGCAGUCUUCCCUGCACUACAGGGAGGACCUCACAACCAUGCAAUUGCUGCUGUAGCUGUAGCCCUGAAACAGGCCACCACACCAGAGUUCCGGAAAUACCAAGAACAAGUUUUGAAAAAUGCAAAGGCAAUGGCAGCUGCCCUUGUGGAGAAAGGGUACACGCUUGUUUCAGGUGGCACUGACAACCACCUGCUGUUGCUCGACCUAAGGCCAAGUGGACUGGAUGGUGCAAGGCUGGAGUCUGUUAUGAAUGAAUGCAAUAUCACCGCAAACAAAAACACGUGCCCAGGAGAUAAAUCGGCUUUGGUUCCAGGAGGCAUUAGACUAGGAGCUCCUGCACUGACAUCAAGAAACUUCAAGGAGAAGGACUUCUACAAGGUGGUUGAGUUCAUUGACCGUGCAGUAAAAAUAGCACUGGAGGCAAAGCCAAAAGCAGGGAAGACUGUUAAAGAGUUCAAGGAGUUCAUCUCUAAAGAUGAACGUACGAGGGAACAAAUGAGAGCCCUGAGCAAAGAUGUUGAAGCCUUUGCUACUACAUUUCCCAUGCCAGGAUUUGAGGACCACUGAUAUGGCAUAUAGUGCUGCUGAAUAAAAAAAAAAUUUUUUUUUUGCUCUUUGUGUACAUAUUUGUUGCUAAUAUGUUGCCAUAUUGUGUGUUGGAAUUGAAUACAAUCUAUUUCUUAAUAAAGGUGCACCACUUCACUUGGUCUAGCAGUGAAGUGCUUUGCACAAGACUUGCA